AUGAGAUGAGAGGUGGGAUGAGGACCAUCCAUUUACCAGUAGGCAGUAGGCAGUAGGCAGUAGCCCCCCUUCCCCCUCAACAAUCGCUUUGGAGCUCUCUUCUUCCUCUCUCACAGCGAUAGAGAGACAGAUUGUGAAUGGUUUGCCGCUUCCACGACACAAUCUUCAAACUCUUUAAUGGCUGUUUCUUUGAAUUCAGUCAUCGGCUUUGCUCCCACUGCUAAGUACCAGCAGGUCAAGAAGACUAAUGUUAGGAUAUUAUUACUGAAGGUCCCUUCUAUUAAUUCGCCCUCAGGACCAGUUAGAUUAAGACAAUGUACAGAAGGAAAAAGAUCGAGAUUCCACCUUUCAGCUACUGGUGGUGAUAAUGUUGCCAUAGGAACUACUGAUAAGGUCUCUGAAACAACUGAAGGCUCAUAUUCUGAUGAUGGUUCCCCGGCUAAAAUCUCCGACAUAAACUCUUCAGCCACAGAAGAUGAAGUUAAACCGAUUGCUGAAGUGGGGUCGGAACCUGAGGUUUCUGAAGUACUUAAUGGGUCAGCCAAUUCAAAACCGACCUUGAAAAGAUCCCCCUUAACAGCACGAGAAAGACUUAGGGCAGCCAGGGUACUUAACCGCUACACAGAGGCAAAGCCAUCUAAACCACAGCUUGGGAGCAAAUUGCUAGAGGCCCUACAAGAAAGCGAUAAGGGGAAAAAGCGGCCCGGCCUUCCUGAGGCGCCUACAAAUUUAUUUGAUGACAGCAAAAGAGGGCUGCCAAAGCAGGGCUGGACUAUUGAUAUUGUACCAGGGGGUAUGGACAUUUUCCUCGUCAUCUUUUCGUUUGUGUUUAUUAGCUCAGUUAUGUUUGCUACAACAUAUAUAGUUUGGAAAGUUGGUGCUAUUCAUUUCAACGAAUACUAAUACGAUGGAUGUGUAUGGCUUUUGGUCUUUGGAGCAAACUUCUAUGGCCAUACUUACAGGAAUUGCAAGGUACCACAGGAUUAUCUUGGCCAAUGCAUGCUUCUCUUUCCCCUUAGAGCAUAUUUUCAUGUAUGUAAUAGUAUUAGUUGCUUCAAUAAACUAAAUUAGCUUGAUGGAA